UAUGACGACCGUCCAACCCCUCCGUCCACGAUUUUCAAGAAUUCAUAGUUCUUGUAAUUGAAGUUGAGAGUUUCAAUAUUCAAAAAUCCCCUAAAGACGGAUUAAAGGCUAAAACGUCUUUGUCAGAUGGGUAGUAUUGGAUCAGUAAGAAGUUUGACAAAAACGAUAAUAAUUACUACAAUGGUGGUUUUAACAACAUUAGUAAAAGGAGGUUUUGGGAUCAGAUUUGUAAUAGAUAGAGAGGAAUGUGUAUCACACAAUGUUGAAUACGAAGGAGAUACCGUUCAUAUUUCUUUUGUUGUCAUCAAAGCAGAUGAUCCCUGGCAUUAUGGAGAAGAGGGUGUUGAUCUUGUUAUAAAGGGCCCUUCUGGUGAACAAAUUCAAGAUUUCUAUGACAAGAUCAGUGAGAAAUUUGAGUUUAUGGCUCCAAAAAAGGGCCUUUACCGGUUUUGCUUUACAAAUAGGUCACCUUAUCACGAAACAGUAGAUUUUGAUGUGCAUGUUGGCCACUUUCCAUAUUAUGAGCAGCAUGCAAAGGAUGAGCAUUUUAACCCCUUGCUUGAGCAAAUCUCAAAGUUAGAAGAAGCUCUGUACAACAUCCAAUUUGAACAGCAUUGGCUAGAAGCACAGACUGAUCGUCAGGCGCUAGUGAAUGAGAACAUGAGCAAAAGAGCAGUCCAUAAAGCAUUACUCGAAUCAAUUGCACUUAUUGGAACCAGUGUUCUUCAGGUUUACCUGCUACAACGACUAUUUGAAAGGAAACUUGGAACAUCUAGAGUUUAAAUGAUUUUUUUCCCUUUUAUUGUCUUCAUGGGCUUGGAACUGAAAUUGCUGUUCUUUGGUUCCUUAUUAGCUUCAUAUUUUGCAGUUUAAUUCAUUGGGUAGCAAUCCGGAAACACUAUACAACUGAUGCUCGUUUGUCUCUAAUCGUUAUUCUUUCAAGCUAA